AUUUUGUUGCAAUUCAGACGGAGUCGGGAGAGAGAGAGAGAGAGAGAAGAGACGUCCUCCGGCUAACUUUAACACCACAUAAACAUCGAGAGGGUGACGGAUUUGUAGGAAAAUAUAGCUUUGCUGUGCUUUCUUACUGUAGUCCGCCGACCGAAGGGGAUCUCCAAAAGGCUAAUUGCCAUAUUUUCUCGGGACGAAGGGCUUUUUAUCAACAACAAAGCCUUGAGGAAGUCGGUAUUCGGCUUCUUGGAGCUUCGUGCUGCCGGGGUGAAUUGAUGUUCAGCUCGGUUCCACGGGAAAACAACUCAACAACUCAUUGGCACAUGAAAACUUCAGACCUUGCUGGACACCGAAGUACAGCGAGAAGUAGACAGAAGAUAACUACUUCGAGGACCUGGGGCCCGAUUGGAGGUGAACGAUUGAAGGGAGAUCUCAGCUUCUUCUACUUCAACUUUCUGACAACAAAGAGGUGACACCUAGUGCCAGAAGCAGUAUGGGAGGUGGAGAGAGAUACAACAUUCCAGUUUCCCACCCUGAGCGCCCGUUGCCCAAGAAGAACCAUCAACUUGGCCGGGCGAAACAGAGAAGCCGCGACCAGAACGGAUCAGCGGCAUCUGCAGCAGGAGUGGCAGGCGGCCUUCAUCAUCAUGGCCACCGCCGGAGCGAUAAAGUCGCAGCCUACCACAGGUCUCCAGAGGCGCGGCAGGCCGCGUCUGCAGAGAAAAAUGCUUCUGUCCGCUUUGCCACCAACUAUGAUCAGAACUGGGAGGGCGCAGUGUCUCACCUCAACACGCUCCUGGCCGCACAGGGAAGUCCGAGCUACGCGGGGCCUAAGUUCAGCGAGCCGCCCUCGCCUAGCGUGUUGCCCAAACCCCCCAGCCACUGGGUGUCCUUCCCAAUGGGCUCCUGUGACAACAGGGAGAUGAUGGCCUUCCAGCUCAAGAGCCUCCUCAAAGUGCAGGCCUGAGAGGGAUACCCACACUUGAUCGAAAAGCCCAUGUAUGAACUGGGACUCCCUUGAGGGCACCCACCCACCAGGAACACCUCAGUGCUGUAAUAUUUUUUAGCUGUUUUUAGAUUGACCUCGGUGUUAGGAGGCAUUUGCAGCAAUGUUUGCUGUGAAUGUUUAUUCAGUACUAAAUUUUUAAACCAAUAUUUUGAGAUAUUACAGCCUUGGAGCCUUGCUGGUCGGUAAUGCCUUUAGUGGAGUCAGUUUCUGUGACUAAUGACAAACUGGAUAUCCUUUCUACUUCUGUUUUGUUUUGUUCUUUUUAAUGUUGGCUGUCAAAGCAGAUUGAGUGUGUUUUUUCCCCCCCAAUCAACGGUUAUAUUAUAGGUAGUAUAGGUUCAGGUAAAUUCCCAUCACUUUUACAGUCCAUUUCUGUGGACAGACAUGCUUUUUCAUUUACAUAAGUUUUAUGAUGAGCCUUUAGGGUCGCAUCUAAAGCUUCAGGUGCUAAAGCAAACUCACAUUUGUAGCAUUUUUAUUUUGACUAGGGCCCACCUUUUUUUUCUUUUAUGUAUUACAAUCCUUGAUUGGGAUGGAAAACGCACUCAACUGCAAUUCUGCAGGGAAAAAAGCUAUCUUACUGGAGGUAAUACGCUGUACAGUACAGGUCAAAAGUAUAACCUCAAACUGAAGGGUAAAAAGAGACCAUGGCACACAGGCCUUGGACGGUCGACUCCUGUACUUUUUUUAUUGCGCUGUGCGCACAUGCACUAUAGGAGUUGAGCUUGUCUGAGGCCCAUAACACUCUAUCAUAGCAUUAUUUUGUACAAGUCCUUUAUUGUUGUGGUUGAAAGAUGUAUGAAGUGCUGUGUGUAACCAAAGCAAUGUUUUCGCUGUAUUUUAUUUUACUUUUCUCUUCUUUUGGACAUCCUCUGUGUGGUCGGCGUUGUUGCCAUUGCCACUUUAACCUUGCCAGCCCGAGUGGUGAAUGGGUCAGAGUCCCCAAAGUCACUUCUAAAUGUUCAUCUGUUUCAAUCAGCACUGUUAUUGCUCCUCAGUCUCAGCACUUAUCAGGACAGUGGUGCAGCUCUAACAUGCGGAAGAGGGCCGUGCUCAGUUGUGGGACUGUUGAGUUUCACUUCCUGACAUGGGCCUGUUUGGCUGCACGCAUUCGUAAGCAAGGUAAAGAAAGGCUGAGGAAGGUUUCUGAAGUGAAGUGGCCCCAGGGACUCAACACGAGGCAAGAGGCUGGUGUUUAUGUUUACAAAAUAGGUCUCAGUGGUUGACCAUCCCAUAAUCAACAGACACUCUCUGCCUCUGCCUCUUGUUUACCCUCUUGCACUGCAAUCAGACUAGUUUUUAAUAAGUUACAGGCCAGGAUGCUAUUGAAAUGAUGGAGGCGUAAUUGACUAUCUCCCUAUGGAUUUUCUAUUUUUGUGACUCAAUCCUCUAUUGAGGCUCUUUUUUGCUUUCCCCUUGCAGAAUUGGAGCUGUUUAUGGCCAGCUUAAAGAUGACAAAACAAAGUAUGAGAGCUUGUUAAUGUGUUCAAGAGCCAUGUAAAUAAUGACAUGUAAAAAGUACUUGUAGCAUAUGUACAUUUGCAGGCCAAGUUUGAGGCCUGUGGGACAAAAGUAUUUUUAGUAAUAACACUGAAUGUAUAAGACAUGCUAAGGACGUGUCUUGACUUCAAUGUCUUGACUUCAAUACUGAAGAAUAUUUUUGUUAAAAAAUUAAAACAGCAUAUAGCAUUUCUCAGUACCCCUGCACUGUUAUCUUUCCAGAGAACUUGCACAUGUUUUUUAUUGUUUUGUAUUAUGCAGUGUAGGGUGAAAUAUGCUAAGUGCAAAUUAAGUAAAACUGCAAAAUAUCAAUUAGAUCCAAGAGGAGACUUGCCUAUGUUAUGAAUUCGAGUUCUGAAUGUGCUUACAGUAUGUAAGCGUGAUGCUUUUAAUCUUGAGUUGACCUGUUUGUGCCUAAGUUGAAAUCCAUGCUGAAACUAUUUUCAUUAGGUGGCGAUGCCACAAACUGACCAAAUGUUUUCACCAGAACCAGCUUCAGUUCUCAGCUGUUCUUCCGCCAGCUGACAACUGAACUUGGUCCCAUGCUGUUUAAGUUCUACUUACUAUUGGUUGUUCAUGUAAACAUUUUUUUUCUUGCCCUGAUUGAGUCAUGCAUGGCAGUCUCCUUAUUCCAAAUUUAAAACAUGUAAUGAAUUGGCUGUUAAUUUAAUCCCCUUUGCGAAAUGUCACUUAAAAUGAAAAGAAAAUGCCCUGUUUAAGAUUGGUAAUAAUUGGUGUUUAAAAAAAAUGCAAAUGUAAAAGAAUGCACUCUGUGAAUUGAUAACUAAAUUUUUACAAAAAAAAGAAAAGAAAUAAAUCCCUUUCCCUUCCCC